AAGAGUGACACGUGCUGAAGAUAAAACAAACAAAAAAUAAAAAAAAUAAAAAAAAAAUUUUAAAAUAAAGAGCACAUCCAGGAGUUUAUUUUAAUUUUAUUUUGAUAUAUAUAUUUUGUUGUAUAUAUUUUUAAGGCGGAAUUUUAUUUGAACAAUUUUACUUGAGGAGAGGAAGAAUUUAUCUUUGCAACCAUGGGAAGAGGGGAAGGACGAGAGCAGUAUGAGCUGGCUGCCACCUCGGAGCAGGGUGGUAAGAAGAAGGGAAAAGGGAAGAAGAAAGAAAAGGAUAUGGACGAACUGAAGAAGGAGGUGGACAUGGAUGAUCACAGGCUGAACCUGGACGAGCUCCAGCGCAAAUAUGGAACAGACCUCAGCAAUGGUUUGAGUGGUGCGAAAGCUGCUGAGAUUCUGGCCCGUGAUGGGCCAAAUGCCCUCACACCUCCUCCCACCACCCCUGAGUGGGUCAAAUUCUGCAAACAGAUGUUUGGUGGUUUCUCCAUGCUGCUGUGGACUGGAGCUGUCCUCUGUUUCCUGGCUUAUGGUAUCCAGGCUGCAAUGGAAGACGAGCCUGCUAAUGACAAUUUGUAUUUAGGUGUUGUGCUGUCUGCUGUCGUCAUCAUCACUGGUUGCUUCUCCUACUAUCAAGAGGCCAAGAGCUCCAAGAUCAUGGACUCCUUCAAGAACCUGGUCCCACAGCAAGCCCUGGUGGUUCGUGACGGUGAGAAGAAGAGCCUUAAUGCUGAGGAUGUGGUUGUCGGGGAUCUGGUUGAGGUGAAAGGUGGAGACCGGAUUCCUGCUGAUCUCAGGAUCAUUUCUGCUCACGGCUGCAAGGUGGACAACUCCUCCCUGACUGGUGAAUCAGAACCUCAGACUCGUACCCCUGACUUCUCCAACGAGAACCCACUGGAGACCCGGAACAUUGCUUUCUUUUCCACCAACUGUGUUGAAGGUAUGAGGGCAGGAAUCUUCCAAGGACUUCAGAAACUCGUUGUUAAAUUUCUUGCUUUGAUUAAAAUCAAACACUUAAUCCCUGCAGGAACUGCUCGUGGUAUCGUGAUCAGCACUGGAGACCGUACAGUCAUGGGCCGAAUCGCCACGCUGGCUUCUGGACUGGAGGUUGGGCGCACUCCCAUCUCCAUUGAGAUCGAGCACUUCAUCCACAUCAUCACUGGUGUUGCCGUCUUCCUGGGUGUUUCUUUCUUUGUGCUGUCCCUCAUCCUCGGAUACACCUGGCUGGAGGCUGUCAUCUUCCUCAUCGGUAUCAUCGUAGCCAACGUGCCAGAAGGUCUCCUGGCUACUGUCACCGUGUGUCUGACUCUGACUGCCAAGCGUAUGGCCAAGAAGAACUGCCUGGUGAAGAAUCUGGAAGCUGUUGAGACUCUGGGCUCCACCUCCACCAUCUGCUCGGACAAAACUGGCACCCUGACCCAGAACAGGAUGACCGUGGCCCACAUGUGGUUCGACAACCAGAUCCACGAAGCUGACACCACGGAGAACCAGAGCGGCACCUCGUUCGACAGGAGUUCGGCCACCUGGGCGGCUCUGGCCAGGGUCGCCGGACUCUGCAACCGAGCCGUCUUCCUGGCUGAGCAGAGCAACAUUCCUAUUUUGAAGCGAGAUGUGGCUGGUGAUGCUUCGGAGUCUGCUUUGUUGAAAUGCAUCGAGCUUUGCUGUGGAUCGGUGGCGGAAAUGAGAAAGAAGACCCCCAAAAUUUCUGAGAUCCCAUUUAACUCCACCAACAAGUACCAGCUCUCCAUUCACAAGAACCCUGGACCUGACGCAGAAUCAAAGCACCUGCUAGUGAUGAAAGGAGCCCCAGAGAGAAUUUUGGACCGCUGCGCCACCAUCCUGAUCCAGGGCAAAGAGCAGCCUCUGGACGAUGAAAUGAAAGAUGCUUUUCAGAACGCCUACCUGGAACUAGGAGGUCUAGGGGAGAGGGUGCUCGGUUUCUGUCAUUUCAGCCUGCCUGAUGAGCAGUUCCCAGAUGACUUUGCUUUUAACACUGAGGAAGUGAACUUCCCCAUCGAGAACCUGUGCUUUGUUGGCCUCAUAUCUAUGAUCGAUCCUCCUCGUGCUGCCGUGCCUGACGCUGUGGGUAAAUGUAGGAGUGCAGGAAUCAAGGUUAUAAUGGUAACAGGUGAUCAUCCAAUCACAGCCAAGGCUAUCGCUAAAGGAGUGGGUAUUAUCUCUGAAGGCAACGAGACCGUUGAGGACAUUGCUGCACGUUUAAAUAUUCCGAUCAAUGAAGUUAAUCCAAGGGAUGCCAAGGCUUGCGUUGUACAUGGUGGCGACCUGAAGGAUCUGUCCCCAGAGCAGCUUGAUGACAUCUUAAAGUACCACACAGAAAUAGUUUUUGCCAGGACCUCCCCGCAGCAGAAACUCAUCAUUGUCGAGGGCUGUCAGAGACAGGGAGCCAUUGUGGCCGUGACGGGUGACGGUGUAAACGACUCUCCAGCUUUGAAGAAAGCUGACAUCGGUGUUGCCAUGGGUAUCGCUGGGUCCGACGUCUCCAAGCAGGCGGCUGACAUGAUCCUGCUAGACGACAACUUUGCCUCCAUUGUUACCGGAGUUGAAGAAGGUCGUCUGAUUUUUGACAACCUGAAGAAAUCCAUCGCCUACACUCUGACCAGUAACAUUCCUGAGAUCACCCCGUUCCUCUUCUUCAUCAUCGCCAACAUCCCUCUGCCUCUAGGAACCGUCACCAUCCUCUGUAUCGAUCUGGGAACUGACAUGGUUCCUGCCAUCUCCCUGGCUUACGAAGCAGCCGAGAGCGACAUCAUGAAGAGACAGCCCCGAAACCCAAAAACAGACAAACUGGUGAACGAGAGACUCAUCAGCAUCGCAUACGGGCAAAUCGGAAUGAUCCAGGCACUGGCGGGCUUCUUCACUUACUUUGUGAUCUUAGCUGAAAACGGCUUCCUGCCUUCCACUCUGGUCGGAAUACGGGUAAACUGGGAUAAUAAGUACAACAAUGACCUGGAGGACAGCUAUGGACAGCAGUGGACUUACGAGCAGAGAAAGAUUGUGGAGUUCACCUGCCACACUGCAUUCUUUGUCAGCAUUGUCAUCGUACAGUGGGCUGAUCUGAUUAUCUGCAAGACCAGGAGGAAUUCUGUCUUCCAGCAGGGCAUGAAAAAUAAGAUCCUGAUCUUUGGACUGUUUGAGGAGACUGCCCUUGCUGCCUUCCUCUCCUACUGCCCAGGCAUGGACGUUGCUCUUAGAAUGUAUCCUCUCAAACCCAACUGGUGGUUCUGCGCCUUCCCGUACUCCCUGCUCAUCUUUAUCUAUGAUGAAAUCCGUAAACUGAUCCUCAGACGCAGCCCAGGAGGCUGGGUGGAACGGGAGACCUACUAUUGAAGAACCCAUCAGUCCAGUCAGCUCGCAUCUUGUUCUCCACUACUUCUGUCUUUGCAUGAAUAUUGUCUUGCUGCUCGGAAUAAAAAUUUUAACCUCGGUGACAAAUAAAUUGGAACGUGUUUUUAUAUUAGGGAAUGCUUGAUACUACUAUUAGAUACAUAAUGAGAUGGAAAGUCCUGAUGAUUAUGUUGAUGAUAAAUGAUAAUGCUAAUAAUGACAUGAACACUGAAGAUUGACAUGACUAUGCGUGCCUUGUUUCUGAAACAGGACCAAUUUUAUACAUGUUUUUAACAGUUAUGAACGUUCAAUAAAAAUGCACUUGAGUCAGGUCCCAA